GUGAUCCUUUCAGAUAUUGAAUAGAAAUACUUUCAGAUGGUAUUAUCAUGAAGGAUAAAACAAGUAAUAGACCAGUAGGUGUUGAAUUCGGCUUGGCAGCCUCAUCAGCCAUCGGUGCAGUAAUAUUCACGAAUCCAAUAGACGUGAUAAAGGUGAGACUGCAAUUGCAGGGAGAAUUGAUGAGAAGGGGGACCUAUCAAAAGCUGUAUAAGAAUACCCUUCAUGCUGGAUACGUUGUCUUGAAGAAUGAGGGGAUGCGAGGACUGCAGUCAGGCCUCGUCCCAGCUUUUGGAUUUCAGAUAGCAUUGAACGGAAUACGAAUAGGCUCUUACAAAUUUUCUCGUACUUAUGGGUUCUCUCUGAAUGAUAAGGGGAAAAGCGAUUUAUUGAGGACUGCUUUGGUCAGUGGAACAGCUGGUUGUUGUGGCGCUGUUAUAGGAAGCCCUUUUUAUUUGGUAAAAAUUCGAAUGCAAUCACAGGCUGCGAAGACAAUAGCCGUAGGCCAUCAGCAUGGCUAUGGAUCGAUAGUUGAGGCAUUCCAAAAUUUAUGGAGAGAAGGUGGUGUCUUAGGGCUUUAUCAACGUUGGUAUGCAAAUGUACCGCGCGUAUUCUUCGGUUCAUCAACGCAACUCACAAUGUUCAGUUUCGCGAGCGAUUUAUUACGGGCGCUUCAAUUUUUCGAUAAUCAUCCCAUGAUUCUGACGUUCCUCUCAGCACUAGUAGGUGGAAGUUCUCUGGCCCUCAUGACGCAGCCCCUCGACGUUAUUUCUGUGAGGCUGUAUAAUCAAGCUACGGAUAGUCGUGGAAAAGCACUGGUCUACCGCAACUAUUUCGACGCAUUUUUCCAGAUUUUUAGAACAGAAGGGAUAUUCGGUUUAUACAAAGGGCUUUUUCCAACUUGGAUGAGAUCAGCCCCUCACACAGUCCUGUGUUUGUGUUUCUACGAGCAAUUAGAGAGAUUAUACGACAGCAUGACGAGUCAAUGAUUAUAAAUAUCACGAGAAAAUGUAAAUUUUAUACUCAUAGAGAUAUCGAAUUACGUAAAUAUGAAUAUCCUUCCUAGAUUCUCCAAGAAUAU